AUGGCAAGCGAAAUCAAAGACAGUGUAAAAGAAUAUUACGGCAAAAUUUUGCAAACAAAUGAAGAUUUAAAAACCAAUGCUUGCGUUCAAGUGGGUAAAGUACCAAAGCAAGUAAAAGAGGCACUUAAUUUGUGUCAUGAGGAGGUUUUAUCGAGGUAUUCCGAAUUUUAUAUUUCGUGUAAUUAUUUGUAUUUAUAACUAUGAUACUCGAUGAUAAACGCUUUUCGAUUCACCAAAUGUUAUAGUGUAUACUGUAUUUUGUUUUCAAAUAUGCUCAUGUUUAUAUUUUCCUAUAAAGAUCCAAAUAUAUCAUGUCAACUAUUGUCAAGUACUUGCAAGGACGACGCUUUGUGCAAUUAUUUAACAUGUCAGCUGAUAAUCAUCGUCCGAUAUAAACUACUCGUAUUUUUCCUACAGCUAUAAACUCUACUAGCUAUUGUGCCAACCUUUGUUAUUUUACAUCAUCAUUUAACCUAGCUGUAUUAUUAAAGUGUUGAGGAAGAGUUUGUUGGGCAUUUAUUAUAUACUAUGUUUAUAUAUCAGUGCAAUUAUUUUUUUGAGGGGGGGGAGCAAAAGCCAUUCCAGCCCCUCUUUAUAAAAUAUUGGGGCCGGGGCACAGCACACUCCCCCCAGGCCCCUGCUUCCUAUGCCCCUGGAUAUCACCUGGAAAUGCAAGAAAUGGUGUUGCAACUAAGUACAUUCAUUUUACUGUGUGAUAUCACUGAGGUAUCAAAUGUCAAUAAGCUCUUCCCUCCGCCUUUGCGUAGAUAUUAUGGCUGUGGUCUAGUAUUUCCUGCAGCAGUGGAAGGUAUGAAUGUAUUGGAUUUUGGCAGUGGUGCUGGUCGAGAUUGCUUUAUUUUGAGUAAACUUGUUGGAAAAGAUGGCUUUGUAACAGGUGUGGAUAUGACGGAGGAACAGGUAUGUAGAUAUUAAGCUGCUGUCAUUUCUCUUUACCAAAAUUUUACCUAUUGCAAAAUUGCCAUGCAUGGUGUCUAAUACAACCCAUCAAGUUGCAUUCCACCUUACCCUACUUUAUUAUUUUCUCUAUCUAAUGCCAGAUUUUUACUUGUCAAAGGAGAGUGCUACCGCUCAACAUGUUAAUUGCUGAGUGCCCUAUGAUCCCCCUUAGCAUUUGACAAAUAUCUUCACAUUUUGUAAAACUUAUGAGUUGAAAGUCGUUGUUUUAAUAAAAGGGUUUUUUGUGAGUUAAACUGUAAGCUAAUUUACUCUUAGCAUAGCAAUUUUAACUCAGCUACUAAGCCCACCCUAACUCUAUGUGUCAUUUGUAUAGGUAAAUGUUGCCAGCAAAUACAUUUCCUACCACACAGAGAAAUUUGGAUAUAGUAAACCAAAUGUGGACUUCAAACUUGGAUACAUUGAAAAUCUCAAAGAAGCGGGAGUUGAGGAUGAAAGCUGUGACUUGAUUGU